ACGUACCGCACUGAAUACCAUAACAACUGCUCUUCGCUUGAAAAUGUCUCACGACAAAGUAAAACUUCGAAGUGACGAUGCUAAUAAUUAUUUAAAAAGGCAUCGGAUCAUGGAACUUUUCAACAAUUUGACAGCACAGCUCAUAUAUACUAGACCAGAAAAACCAAAAACAUUUUUGAUUGAAACACUGGAAAAACUUCAGAUGUCUAGAUCUACAAAAUCUAAUUAUCCAUGUCUUUUUGAUGAGACAAACAUUAAGUCAGUUUUCGGAAUGCUUGAUCCCACUGGCCGAGGAUAUAUCACAUUAAAACAGUAUGAAGAAGCUAUGCUGACACUUGGUGCUAAAGAUUAUAAUCCAACUCCACCUGGUUUUGAUGAAGACAGAAUCAAUUUGGAUACUUUUAAACUGGAGGCGAUUGAAGGAUUGAAAAGUGCAUCAGCCACAUUCAAAGACUAAAACCAUUUUUUACAAGUUGUAUUGAUAAAACACUGUGUUCAAGCAUGUAUGAUACUUAUGCAAGAUAUUUUUUUUUAUUUCAUGACAAAUUGUUACAAUAUGGGUCACUGUUUUUUUACGCAGCAAAAGAACAUGUAUAAUCUUUUAAAUAUUUAUUAUGAACUAAAGACCUUGCUUUAUCUGGUGACCUCUGGCAUAUUUGUAUAUAAGUGUUCAUUUUGUGUUAUACAGACUUAAAGUUUAUUAGGUAAAACCUGUAAAUUUAUUAUAAUUAUUUAACUAAUUUAGGCUUUUAUAAUUUUAAGAAUGUACUGUUCUACAUUGUAAAGAAAGCCAAUGUAUGUUUUUAUAUAUAGCAGGUAAAUAGGGGAAGGGAGGAGAUUUUCAUGUUCUUAUUUCUAAUUCCUUUGAAGUUUCUAAAGUAUCUCAUUUUCAUCAUUGACAUAUUGCUAAAAUAUGUUUAUAAUGUUAAUAAAAAAAAUUAUGAGUUGCUUUUUUUAACCAAAUAUAUUUUCUUAUUAUGGCUUACCACUUUUUUAAGUAGGCCUAUUGGAUUACUAAUUUAAUAACUUUGAAAUAUGUAUAUUUCAAAAGGAUAGAUGUUGUAAAUAAAAUAGUCAUAAAUAAAUAGCAGAGUUUUGAAAAAUG